AUGUUGGAGACCUCGCAGGAGGAGGCCACCAUUAGAGCCGCUCUAGCAAAAAUCCACGAAAUUCGGAGCAUUCGCAAUGAACGUCGCAUUCAGGCUCGGAAUGCUGGCAACAAAGAAGCCAUUCGUCGCGGAACAUUCAUGAAAAUGGUGCAGCUCUCUGCCCAAACUUUGCCUUUGUUUGUGAGCAAACCAGGCGAACGGGCUCAAGCCUUGUGUAGAGCAAUUCCAGCCGAGGGAAACUACGUGGCCAAAGUGGGCGACAACGUAGCCGCUUUGGCAAAGGGCAUCGAUGAAGAGGAGAACUGGAUACUGGCAGAGGUGGUUCAGUUUUUGCAUCGCCAAAAUAACGACGUGAUUGACAAUUGA